GACAAUGUCAACCAGUGGGUGGACGGCUUCGGCGACUUGCCCGAUAACUUAGUCCGCUUCGCGCUGACCUUGCCGUGGUGGCAGGCCUUGUGGGUGCUGCAAGACGGAGAGGUUUGCCCCGCGGAGUCCUUCGUCAAGCUGCGGGAAGAGUUCAAUCAGAAGGACGUUAAAGAGAUGAGGGACCGCUCGCUGAAGCAAUCGUACAUGGAGACAAUCGGAUUCCAGUCGUUUGCCAGCUUCAUGGAGAAGAAGAUUGAGCACAUGUUUGCAGAUGCCAUCAACCCCGUGCUCGACAAGCUGAGAGAUCUCAAGGGAAAGUGGACCUCCAAGGAACAGAGCUUAGUUACUGAGCACGAGGAGACGGAUCCUCACAGGAUCUUGAGCACAACCCGAGAGUGCGGGACUUCCUUUGCACAGGCCUUAAGGCAUGUCAUGGAGGGUAUCCCAAACCUCAUGACGGGCCGGAUGAAUCUCGAUUCGGAACUGAGGCAGUUCCAUGAACACCACCUAAAGGUCGGAUCUGAUCAUUUUGUGAUGCUUCCGUCAGAGGAUUUCUGCGACCUAGAUGACUACAUAGCGUACCUCACGAACGAGAUACAAGUUGGGGCAUCUGACGCAGAGGUCAAUGGCGGUGCGCAGUUCCGACGCGUGAUGUCAGAAGUCGAGAUUUUCCUCAGAUUUUCCGAAAUUGCCGUGGAGACCAAGAAGCGCGACGUCAUUCAGGCACGAGGAGUAUCGAUGAGCUCCCUAACCUGGCGCGAUGUGGUGGUGAAGCUUCUCAGCAACGAAGCGCACCUGCCUUUGCAGAGAAGGGUGCAGUACGUUGGCGAGCGCAUCAAGUGGUUCUUCCAGAUUCAGAAGGAAGCCGUUGUCGAUUUCAUGAGCAGCCUCGAGGGGAAUCCGAGCUCGACCAUGUACUCCAGCCUGCUCUGGAAGAAUGUGAAGCUCAUCAAGCAGAAUGAGAUGAUAAAACACCUGGUGUUCUCCACCUACGACCAGGCAUGUCAGCGACAGCUGAAUCAGUUCAUCGAGCUUUUCGACAACAUGCUUACGUCUACUUUUGCCAAUCCGUGGGUCUUCCUAAAGGGAGCCACCUACGGCGGCUACACUGAGGAGGAGGAUGCAGAUGCAGCGCUUCCCUCCAUAGACGACACUAAGGAGCGGAUUCCGAAAGAGAUCCAGAGUCGGUCUGGGAUCGAGAGCACGCUUUCCAAGUGGCUGCUCGAGAUCCCCACGGAGUCACAUCAGAUUGAUGAGGCAGUGGACAAGGUCCAGAUGCUGGUCCUUAAAACGUACAGCUUCAUUAGAUCCCAGGUGUGCGAUCAGGUAGAACUGUUUGCAGAGUCCUUUUUCAAGCUGCCGAUGCUGCGCCGACUAGAAGAGGACAUGAACAAGAUCUCACUCUCUGAUGCAGAUAAGACAAACUACAAGGCUCGCAGCGACAUAUGGCUUGAGCUUCGGCUUUAG